CGAAGGGAAAGGACGAAGAUUUUUUUAUCCUUUGGAAAAUUCCAGUAGAUUCCGCAAACCGCGUAGAUAGAAAGCAUUUUUUUUCACAGCACAGUUUUCGAAAAAGCAAAAACGAUACUUUCCCUCUAUAUAAAAGAGAUUUAAAGCAACUCCCCCCCGUAAUUUCGAGGAGUAGUUUCUUUUGUUUCUAUUUUCACAGCAAGCCGUUUUUAACGCGGUGGUGACAAACCAGAGUCAGAAUCGCAAAAUAAUCUAAGGCUUAAUCUAGAGAACAAGGAUUUCUGAAUCUUGAUUUGCGGACGUGAUCGGAGAAAAUGGCGUUGGGGAAGAAGUGCAGGAGUUUUACGGGGCCGAAGCGCGGUGGAUUCGUCGGCGAUGAGGGUUUGGAGUUAGGGCCUGUGAGGUAUUUUUCGACAUCGUUUGGGAGAAAGAGGAUCGUCAUUUCCAAUCUUAGUGGGGAUUCGAGUCCCAAGACUCCGACGAAGAAGCGAUGUGGCGGGAUGAAUACGGUGGUUAUGGACCUCGAGAGGUCUCCUCUCGAAGCUCUGCCCAAUGACGUUCUGGUUAGGAUUCUGUGUGGUGUGGACCAUGAGGAUCUCAAUCAGCUUUCUCACGUAUCGAAAUCGAUCAGAGAAGCGACUCUGGUGGCGAAGCAAUCACAUUUCGCUUACAGCACGCCGAAGAAGGUCCGCGCAUUCCGAACCGCCAUUGAUUUGGAGGAUUCUGGCGACGUCGGCGACGAGAUCGAAACUCCGAAUGCGCCGAAGCAAUCCAGGCCGAUUAAGUCGCGGCUCUUUGGGAAGAAUCUCGACAGCAUAUCGGUGAAUCUCUUCAAUUGAAAAGACUCUGUAGAUACAAAUACUCUCGUGCCUUGGUAGGAAAUCGUAGUUGUAGAUUUAGCUGAUUGCUUUACAGGGUAGGAGGGUUUGCUUAUAUCGGUUUCAAGGUUGUACACGGUCAAGAGAAUCUUUACAGGCCAGUUUGUUCAAUCCCUUUCAUUGAAUGGGAUGGCUUGAUUGAUUGAUUGUUUGUUUGUAUCAUUCUGUACAUUUCUAGACCGAAACAGAGAGUGAUAGAGAGGAAAAAAAAAAUGUUCCACUAUUCUUGAAGGGCAAGAUUGCGCUCUUUCAAUCUGAUUAAAAAAAAAAAAAAGUUUUUAGAGUGUACAGUUGAAUACGCAUACUCUUUGAGCUGUAUAAUAAAAUGGGCAAAAAAAGGUUUGCUUUUUAUUUAUUUGUCU